AUGAUCAAUACGCCGUGGCCAUAUAGUGAGUAUAAACCUUCUACAACCUUAGAGUGCCACCAACUCGAAGAUGUGUUUUACCGAAAAAAAUUUCCUUGUCUUACUGGUAACAAAGUCGAAAAAAUUAACGUCGCAUCUAUGUUACAAAUCUUUUCUUAGGUAUUUUCAAUCCCAAAAUUGGCCUCCUUAUUGUUCGCGACCAAUAAAUAAAUAGGUGAAUGGGGCAGGUUGGCUAAUGACAUCAUCCCAGGAACCGAUUCGACAUUAUUCAUAUCAUUAGUGACAAUAGAAUUAUGCCUGAAGGUGUUUUAUUGUAUUGUUUUGGUUUGUUUGUUUGUUUAUUUUGUUUUUUUUGUUAUUUGUUUGUUUUUAUAUAUGAAUUAAUUUUUAUCAUACAGCUCGUGACACGCUUUUGGACUUGUUUAUUCAUUCAUUCUUUCGUUUAAUCAUUCAUCCAUUCAUCAACAGUCAUAUCUCACCCGAUUCAUUUGAAAUACAUGUUGGAAACUGAAAUGAAAGCAACAAUGUCACGCAAUGUAACGCCAAGCUUUAUUAAAGAUAAUCUGCAACCAACAACGUCAUUAAUCGAAAUCAAAGAUCACACUAUUAACUGAAAAUUUAACUUAUUUCUGUUGUUGUGUUUUGAAGGAAAGAAAGUGUCUCAGCCUACAGUACCAUGCCUCUCAGGUAGAAAUAUCCAUGCUAAUGGAGAUCUGGACGCAAGCGGCGUUUACUGGAUUCGGUCUGCAGGCUCUCUCGCUAGUCCUCAAGGAUACUGUGACCAAUCAGCCGUUGGACGUAAGUUUAUUGAUCAAUCAAACAAAGUCAUUAUGAAUGCCAAAUGCUUGGUAAUAUGA